AUGGAUAGCCCGAAGAAUCGCCUCUUCGAUUACGUAUUAUAUUUGCUUUUGUUCUUUGGCAUCACAUAUAUUUUGUUCUUGAAUCCGAGCAAAAGCGGGCAUUUAUUGACAUCACAAACAUCCCAGUGUUCGCCCUCGAAAACAUACAAAAUGGCAACCUACAGAGAUGAACUGGAAGAGGCUUUGUCAGCAUCUUCAACAGAAAACAAGACUCUGAUAAUUUCUAUAGUAAAUAAAGCAUAUGUUGAAGGCGAUAAACCGAUGCUUGAUCUUUUCUUGGAUGGUUUUUGGUUAGGGGAAGACACUAAAUCCCUAAUUAAUCAUCUUUUGAUUGUGGCCAUGGAUCAAACAUCAUAUGAACGGUGCAAGUUUCUUAGGCUUCGUUGCUACAAGCUCGAAACGGACGGCGUAGAUUACGUAAGCGAAAAACUGUACAUGUCCGAUGAUUUUAUCAAGAUGAUGUGGAGAAGAACCCUAUUCCUGAGAGAUGUGCUGAAACAUGGUUACAACUUCAUUUUUACGGACACAGAUGUGUUAUGGCUGAGGAAUCCAUUUCAUCAUUUAAGCCUAAACCAAUCAAUGGACCUGCAAAUCAGCACUGAUAAAUUCAAUGGCAAUCAAUGGUCAAAAGCAAACCCUAUCAACACGGGCUUCUACAUGAUCAACUCAAACAACAAAACCAUUUCCCUAUUCGACUCCUGGUAUGCCAAAAAAGGCAACUCGACUGGAUUAAAAGAGCAAGAUGUAUUACUGAGGCUAAUGCACCAAGGUUUGUUCAGAAAAUUAGGCCUCAAAGUGAGGUUUUUGGACACUGUUUAUUUCAGCGGGUUCUGCCAGGACAGCCGGGACGUUAGGGCUGUCACCACCGUCCAUGCCAACUGCUGCCGGAGCAUCAGCGCCAAAUUGGCUGAUCUUACGGCGGUGAUUCAUGACUGGAAGAGGUAUAGGGGCUCUUCUGAUAAUCAAACAUUGACAUUCAGGUGGUCCAAUCAUACAGCCUGUGGUCAUUCAUGGAGACAUUAG